GGAAGGUUCCACAAGUUUGCAACAGCCACAUCCAGAACUUCCUCAGAAGAGACAGACCGGAACGGAUCUCAGAAGAAAAUCAAGCAGGACACAGCACAAUUUUAAAGAUGGGAGACCCAGUUCAGUUAAAAGACGAAGGAAACAAACACUUCCAGGCUGGAGAUAUUGACAAAGCCAUUGAGUGCUACACAAAAGCCAUCAAAGAGUGCAAGGACAAAAAGGUGUUGGCCGUCAUACACAGGAAUAGAUCUGCAUGUUACCUAAAAAAGGAAAACUACACCAGUGCAGCCACUGAUGCGUCUAAAGCAAUCGAUUUUGAUGCAGCGGACAUUAAAGCCUUGUACCGACGCUGCCAGGCUUUGGAGAAGCUGGGGAAACUGGACAUGGCGUUCAAGGAUGUGCAAAGAUGCGCCACCCUUGAGCCAAAGAACAAGACCUUUUUGGAGACUCUCCGCAGGCUGGGUGCAGACAUCCAGGCCAAGCUCAAAACAACAUUCUCCACAGAUUCCAGAGUCCAGAACAUGUUUGACAUUCUUCUCAAUGAAGAAAUGGAGACAGACAAGAGGGAAAAAGCUGCCAACAACCUGAUCGUGCUGUCAAGAGAAGAUGCCGGGGCGGAGAGAAUCUUCCAGAAUAACGGAGUGCCACUGUUGCUGAACAUGAUAGACACAGGAAAGCCUGAGAUGAUCUUGGCUGCUAUUCGUACUCUGUCAGGAAUGUGCACAGGACACAAAGCUCGGGCCAUGGCCAUUGUUCACUUGGUGGGCGUUGAUAAGAUGUGCAGCAUCAUGGCUGUUGACAACGAGGAAAUUGCACUGGCAGCCUGCAACCUCUUCCAGUGCAUCAAUGACUCCCUUACUGGUGGAGAUUCAAGGGAUUAUGGGAAAGAAGAGGCCUUGGUUUUGGACGCAGCUAAAGACUUGAAGACAAUUCUUCUCUCGCUGCUGGAGAUGGUUGCCAAUAAGAAGGUGUCUGGCCACGGCAGAGACCAGGCACUGAACCUCUUGACCAAAAAUGUACCUCGCAGAGACAAGAAGGAGAAAAACAACAGCCGCACUCUCUUCACUAUUGAUCAUGGUCUGAAGAAGAUCCUCAAGGUGUGCGGUCAGGUUCCCGAACUUCCCGACCAGCUGCCCUUGACAGAGAACACGCAGCUGAUUGCCAGUGUGCUCCUCAACCGGCUUUAUGAGGAUCUCACAUGUGACCCAGAAAGAAACAACUUUAGGGAUGUUUGUGAUGAAUAUAUCAAAUCCAAAAUUGACCCCAACAACAUGGACAAGACCCUCCACGCUAUCAACGUAAUUUCAGGGCUGCUUCAAGGUCCUUUUGAUGUCGGUAACGCCCUGGUUGGGCAUCAAGGCAUCAUGGAAAUGAUGGUGGCGUUGUGUGGCUCCGAGCGCGAGGUGGACCAGAUGGUUGCCGUGGAGGCGUUGAUCCAUUCCUCCACCAAGAUGAGCCGCGCCUCCUUCAUCAUUACCAACGGCGUGUCGCUGCUCAAGGACAUUUACAAGAAGACCAAGAAUGAGAAGAUCAAAAUACGUGCACUGGUGGGCCUGUGUAAACUGGGGUCAGCUGGAGGUGAUGACUACAGUUUGAGGCAGUUUGCAGAGGGCUCCACAGAGAAGUUGGCCAAGCAGUGCAGAAAGUGGCUCUGCAAUCCCCAGAUUGAUACCAAGACAAAGAAGUGGGCUGUUGAAGGCCUUGCCUAUCUGACUAAUGAUGCCGAUGUGAAAGAUGACUUUGUUGAGGAUGAGCCUGCUCUAAAAGCCAUGUUUGAAUUGGCCAAGUCCAGGGAUAAGACCAUCUUAUAUGCAGUAGCCUGCACUCUGAUUAACUGCACCAACUGCUACGAUAAGAAGGAGAUCAUCCCCGAACUGGUACAACUUGCCAAGUUCUCCAAGCAGCAUGUGCCCGAGCAACACCCCAAGGACAAGAAGGACUUCAUCGAGAGGCGAGUGAAGCGGCUGCUGAAGGCCGGAGUCACGUCAGCUCUUGCGGUCAUGGUCAAAGCGGACAGCUCCAUAAUGACCGACCAGACCAAGGAAAUGCUGGCGAGGGUUUUCUUGGCACUUUCAGAGGACUCCAAAGAUCGGGGUACAAUUGUAGCCCAAGGUGGUGGUAAGGCACUGAUUCCACUGGCUCUGGAAGGCACGGAUGUUGGGAAGGUGAAGGCGAGCCACGCACUCGCCAAAAUCGCAGCAGCUUCCAGCCCAGAAAUCGCAUUUCCUGGUGAAAGGAUGUACGAGGUGAUUCGUCCUUUAGUCAACCUCCUUCACACGGACAGAGACGGAAUACAGAACUAUGAAGCUCUGAGAGGCCUCACCAACCUGGCUGGUUUCAAUGAAAAACUAAGAGUAAAGAUUGUUAAAGAGAACGCGCUGCCCGAUAUUGAAAAUUACAUGUUUGAAGAGCACGACCAGAUCAGACAGGCUGCUACUGAAUGCAUGUGCAACCUUGUGACGUGUAAAGAGGUCCAAGACCGUUACCUGGAGGACGGCAACGACAGGUUGAAGCUGCUGGUUCUGCUGUGCGGCGAGGACGACGACAAACUCCAGAUCGCUGCCGGUGGAGCUCUGGCCAUGAUCACUGCGGCCCAGAAGAAGCUCUGCACCAAACUGACCCAAGUGACUCCCCAGUGGCUGGAGAUCCUGCAGAGGCUGUGUCUCCACACGAACCCCAUGAUUCAGCACCGUGGCAUCGUGAUCGUCUUCAACAUGCUCAACUCUGACAACGGCGAGCUGGCCAAGAAGCUGAUCGAGAGCGAGAUGCUGGAAAUCCUCUCUGUGAUCGGCAAAGCUGAGGACAACCCCAAGAGGCAGGAGGUCAUCGACGCAGGGCGCGCCUGCCUGGUCAGAGCCAUGGAGCUUGGCCUCAUCAAACCCUUCAGCAGCCCGUCCUGAAACGCUGGAAACAAGCCAGGCAGCAGCAACAAAACCAUUCUUAAUAUAUUUUGAUAAACAGAGCCUGUUUAAACAUGUUUUUUUCACAGCAAAUAUAUCAAAGGUCUGAAUAACGUGACUAAAACAUUUGAAACGUAGGUUCCUACAAAACAAAGCUUUUUAAACUACAUUUUUCUACAUGUGGGUUUGGGGCCUGGGUAUAGAAAUUAAUGUGCAUAGGGGGGUUUCCUGAGAGUGUGUUUAAAACAUUUAUUAAUUCUGUUAACUGCGACUCAGUAAAUGGUAUUAUUUUUUCUUUAUACCGAAUUCUAUUGUUUGGCAUAAAUACUGUUAGAUGAAAAUAAUAAAUAAAAAGCUGAAAUAGAA